UUGGUGAAGCCCCACGGAUUAGGUUGAGUUUAAUCAUUAUAAAAAAUGCUAAUUUGUUUAAAGUCCUCUUCUUUUAUUUUUCUAACUCGAGCACCUGGUUACACUAUCCUAUAGGCUAUACUAGUUGAUAAACUUUUCACUUUACACUUAACAACCUAUUUCGCAAAAUUUUACAUUUUUACCGACCACAGAAUCUUUAUUUGUUUAUUUAAUACAACCUUUUUAUAACUACCAAAAUUAUAGAUACUGGCCGCAAUAAUCUACGUUUUUUAAAAUUAUAACUAUAGUAUUUACUUUCUUGAUUUAUAUGCCUACCUAUUUAUAUAAUAUUCAUAUUAUAUUUCAUCAGACUCACGGUGUGUAUAUUUUGUUUGAUAGUUAUAUUUUUCAUUGAAUCCUGUGUACCGUAUUUUUGUCAAAUGAAUUCAUUCCCGGUCAGCGAACAAGAUAAGGAUGAAUUCCUCAACUAUUUGGACCAAAAUGGUAUUUUGGAUAGACUAACUGACGUACUAAUCAUGUUGCAUAGCGAACAAGAACAGCCCACGGAUCCCAUUGAAUACGUGAGAAGGAACAUGUACGUGAACAACCCAGACGUCGAGGAAAUUAUCGACUUGAAGGCACAGAUAGAGAACGCCGCUGUUGAACUAGCUGAGCUUCAGAGGACCAGGGACGAACUAAGGGCUCAAUUGGAACAAUAUCAACAUGAAUCGCAACUGGAUGGUGAAGGUUACGAGGAAGAACCAGCCAAAGUAUCAGACAACGGAGAUUAUUUCGAAUAAUUCGGGUCACCAGUUCCCUGUCACAUACUAUUAAAUACAUAACAAUUAUGUAGUUUUAUAAAUUAUGUUUUUUCAUCACAGCUGUGAGAAGCCUGUAAUCAGUGUAAUCGGAUGUUUAAUCGAUGGGGAUUAUAACGAAUUGUACUCAUCAACAGAACUAAAAUCUAAACUAAUCAGUAAUCUAUAUGACUAUAUGCAAAUAUGGAUCCGUUUUUCCGUAAUUUUUUUCUUAUCUUUUACUUCCCCAAUUUACUAAAAAGUUACAAUCUGCUACAAGAAACCACGCUCGAAGUUAAAAAUCGAAGCAUUUUUUCUACUAUAAAAAGUAAAAAAAAUGUUUCGUUCAUUUUUAGGAUUAACACCUACGCUGACCGUAUAUAAAAGCAGUGUGCUUAGCGCACUUACACCAAAAAUAUUUAUAUUAUUUUAGUUAAAACUUUUAAUGAAUUUACUUAAUUUAUUUAGAUAGCAGAUAGUUUAGUAAGUUAUAUAGUAAGAAUCAUAAUUGAUUAUUCAUUACCAUAAUAAU